GCGGGCCGUGUCUUGUCACUCACACAUGCCCUAGCUUGCAGCAGUAGUUGUUGAUCAGCUUAGUACUGAGCUGGGGGUUGGUUUGGUUACAGCCUGGAAUGUGUCUUGGAGAAUUCUGCAGUGUGUCACCUGGGUGCAGGCGGUGGGUGGCAUUCCUGGUGGCACCUGGCACUCACUGGUAGUGUGGCACAGCAGGGUAGAGGGAUAUCCCGUCCUGGAUAACUUUUGCAAAUUCCACAGGAGUACAAUAACUACACAGGAGUACAGCCAUACAGGAGUACAAUAACUACACAGGAGUACAGCCACACAGGAGUACAAUAACUACACAGGAGUACAGCCGCACAGGAGUACAAUAACUACACAGGAGUACAGCCGCACAGGAGUACAAUAACUACACAGGAGUGCAGCCAUGAGCUCAGAUGAUUUUAGGAGAGUGGCAAUCCGCAGAAAAUCCAGUCCAUGCCUGACCAGGGGCACCUUAUCCUUAGCUGUGCAGCUAGAGAAUGAGAAUGGGCAGCAGAGUGGCAACAGUGUGAGCUGUCCCCAGAUCCUUCCAAUCUGGAAACCGCUCUCCACCAGCACAGAACUACGAUUGAGGCAGGAGAGGAACAACCGGCAGAAUGAUGACGCUCAGGGGAUAAAAACCAGGGAGCUUUCCAAGAACUUCCAACAAAGUCCAAAGCCCUCAGUGCCACCGAAACCUAUCAAUUUGCCACCUUCUCCAUCGCCAUACAAGCAACAGACUCCCAGCUGGAGGAGGACCUUCCCUCGGGGUCAGAUCAGUAUGGAAGAAGGGACACCUUCAUCGUCUGACAAAUCCAGCAAGAUCUCAGAUCUCAUCAGCCGGUUCGAAAGCAACAGCCCUCUUGACACCAAGAAAGAAAAUCUGGACCUGAACAAUGGAUCCAAUCACCGAACGGUAGCUAAAGUAGUUCUCCAGCCACGGCCUUUCACCGAGCACCCCCUUCUCCAGAGGCAAGGCAUCAGUCUGGAGCUAACAGAGGACCGCCCAACACCAAAAUACAACGGGAUCAUCACCUCUAACCCGGCGGAAUAUGAGGAAAACACGCACCCUUCUCCUGUGAUAGAGACUGAAACGUCUGAGACUGACUCAUCAACGUCUGAAAUACAAGGUCAUCCUGCCUCAAGAUCUCUUUUUAUUGGCAGUGGAGGACCAGAUAUGCCAACAUCUCCUACUAGAACGCAAGGGCCUUCUCCUGGAACAUCAGGUCCACCCUCUUUUCUGGAGAGGGCGUCUCCCCCAUCUAAUGAAGCUGCUAUGCAGAACCACCUAAACGGAGAAGGACCCAAUUCUCCCAGGGAUGGAUCCUUAAAAUCCAGUCACUGCGGACAUACGAACGAGGGGUACCAGGAAACUGAACCACCUGUUAGUUUACCAUCAGAGGAUAAAGACACUGAGGACAACCGGAAUAGCAUCAAAUCUACACUUAGUGAGUCUGGAGAAAUAAAGGAGACAAACGAGCAGAGACUUCACAACAUCGCCAAUGAGCUUCUACAGACGGAGCGGGCUUACGUCAGCAGGCUGGAACUUCUGGAGACUUUUAAUAAAGCUCUGGAAACUGAAGCCAAGAAAGGUUCUUUUCCGGUGGAUGUGCCGAACAAAAUCUUCUCCAACAUCUCAUCCAUUCACAGCUUUCAUUCGUCGUUCCUGUUGCCGGCGUUAGAGGAGCGGAUGAAUGAAUGGUCCGUCAGCCCGAGAAUUGGUGACAUUUUUCAAAAGUUGGCGCCGUUCCUAAAGAUGUACGCGGAGUACGUCAAAAACUUCGACAACGCCAUGGAAACGGUGAAAACGUGGAUGGAUCGGUCUGCGCAGUUUAAACACGUUGUUGAAGAAAUUCAGAGAGAAGGGAAGUGCGGCAAUUUAACCCUGCAGCACCAUAUGCUGGGACCAGUACAACGAAUCCCACGCUACGAGAUGCUGCUCAAGGACUAUCUCCGCAAGCUACCGGAAGACUCACUCGAUCGGAAGGAUGGCGAGAAGUCCCUUGACAUUAUUUCAACUGCGGCAAGUCACUCAAAUACGGCCAUCCGGAAAAUGGAGAGUGUAAAGAAGCUGAUGAUGGUGUAUGAAAUGCUGGGGGAAGAGGAGGACAUUGUCCACCCGUCCAACGAGUUUAUAAAAGAGGGACAGAUUCUUAAACUGGCUGCUCGCAACACGUCCGCCCAGGAGAGACACCUCUUCCUGUUCAACAACAUGUUGCUGUACUGCGUGCCCAAGUUCAGUCUGGUGGGGCCGAAGUACUCCGUCCGUACAAAGAUCGGGCUAGACGGCAUGAAGGUGGUGGAGACUCACAAUGAGGAUUAUCUGCACACCUUCCAGAUCUCCGGUAAAGAGCGGACGCUAGAGUUACAGGCCAGUACUGGACAGAUCAAGGAGGAAUGGAUUAAGGCUUUGAACAAUGCGAUUGCAGAAUUUCAGCAGAGGAAUGAAACUUUCCUAAUCGCCAACGCCAAAAAAAUGGAGGAAGCUACGCCGGAGGUUCUAACUGCUGAGCUGGGACUUCGGGCCCCCCGGUGGAUUCGAGACAACGAGGUGACCAUGUGUAUGAAAUGCAAGGAGCAGUUUAAUGCGCUGACUCGGAGGAGACAUCACUGCCGGGCCUGUGGCUUUGUGGUGUGCUGGAAAUGCUCCGACUACAAGGCUCCGCUACAGUAUGACGGGAACAAGCUGAACAAGGUGUGCAAGGACUGUUACCAAAUCUUACGAGGGUGUAACGACAGUGAAGAGAAGGAGAGGAGGAGAGGCAUACUGGAGAUUGAGUCUGCAGAAGUCUCAGGAAACAGUGUCAUCUGCGGCUUUCUUCAGUAUAAUGAGAAGUCCAAGCCCUGGCAGAAAGUCUGGUGCGUGAUUCCGAGACAGGAGGCGCUGGUGUUAUAUAUGUACGGCGCACCACAGGAUGUAAAAGCUCAAGCCACUAUCCCACUUUUGGGCUACGCCGUCGACGAAUCACCCCGUGGAGUAGACUUGCCGUUUAGCUUCAAAUUAUCCCAGUCCAAGUCCGUGCACAGCUUUUCGUCCGACAGCGAGGAACUCAAACAGAAGUGGCUUAAGGUCAUCAGCCUGGCUGUAAAAGGAGAGACGCUAGAGGAUAGCGAAGAGGCUAAUAGUGCAGAGGAUGUACAAUCAGAAGCUUCUCAGUAGUAGCCAAAUCCCUGACAACUGAAGAUGGACAGUCCGCCUCUUCUUAGUAGUGGGCAAAUUCCUUGACACCUGAAAAUGGACAGUCCAUCUCUUCUUAGUAGUGGGCAAAUUCCUUUCACACCUGAAGAUGGACAGUCCGGCUCUUCUUAGUAGUGGGCAGAUUUCCUGACACCUGAAGAUGGACAGUCCGGCUCUUCUUAGUAGUGGCCAAAUACGCUGACACCUGAAGAUUGACAGUCCGCCUCUUCUUAGUAGAAACCAAAUUCUCUGACACCUGAAGAUGGAUAGUCCGGAUCUUCUUAGUAGUGGCCAAAUUCCCUGACACCUGAAGAUGGAUAGUUCAGAUCCUCUUAGUAGUGGCCAAAUUCCCUGACACCUGAAGAUGGAUAGUUCACAUCUUCUUAGUAGUGACCAAAUUCCCUGACACCUGAAGAUGGAUAGUUCAGAUCCUCUUAGUAGUGGCCAAAUUCCCUGACACCUGAAGAUGGAUAGUUCACAUCUUCUUAGUAGUGGACAAAUUCCCUGACACCUGAAGAUGGAUAAUUCAGAUCUUCUUAUUAGUGGAUAAAUUCUCUGUUUAACACCCAAUAAAAUAUGAACACAAGACUAAAACAAAGUCAGGGAAUGUAUCUCGGUUACACUUGGUUUAAAGCCACCUGACCUCGGAGUGGAGUCUAAUUAAAUGUUCAUUAUCGUUCCAUCGGAUCACUAGGAAAUAGGAUAAAAAUGUUUGUCAGGCGCCAACAUUGUCCAAUACAUGGAAUAUCCAGAGAUGUGAAACAUUGCAGUUUGUUGUACAGUUUGCUGUUGAGAAAAGUGUUUGGUGGGAAUCUAGUUAUGACCUGUGAUUUGUGUGGAAAUGUCACUACAUGGUAACGUUCUUAUGGACCUUCACUAAUAGAGUUGCUUCAACGUCUUUGCAGAUCAGAUGAGAGACACAAAUAAAGGGCCUUGUAUAGCUAUUAUAUAGAAUAAGUCAGCCGAAAGCUUCAGCUUUACAUUUCUGUAGAGACGUCCCAGGACUGAAGCCAUUUUAUUAUCGCACAAUAUGCUUAAAAAAACCCACACAACGUUCAUUUAUAGAUUAAGUUCUAAAUUUCGUUUGUCAACAUUGAAAGGCACGAAGAUUUGGACAAGAAAGCACAUGGAGACUUGAAGAAGUAUCUACGUCCUGUACCGAUCCCUCAGGUCAACUAAUAUUUGCGCAGUUAUAUUUGACGAUGAAUUGCACUCUGACAUCGGUAUAUUGAGUCAUUUAAAGCUUCCUAAGCUUUGGGCCGUUUGUAAAUGACUGUUAGGAGAUGCCAUGCUUUAGAAUGGGCGUGCAUAAAAGGCGGCUGUUAAAGAUGGUGGCCGCUCACAGCCUGGCAUGCCACCAACGUUUGAUGCAUGCUGUCAGGACCUAGUGCUGCACUUUGAUAAACCCCACACUUAUCUCAAAUAUGGGGCUGGGUUCAAUUUUACACAAUUUAAUACAUAAUACCAGCAGCCUGUGCCCCCAUGGGUUAAUGUUUUUGAUUCCAUAGUGUAUUUAAAAAAAAAAAAAAAGUUUUGUAUGUCAUGUCAAUUUUUGCUUUUUAAAUUAUGUUUUUAGUUAUUUAUGUUUUUCAGAUGUGUUUCCCCAAUGUUCUGUUUAAAGCGCACCUGUUGGAAAAGUGAAGGGCAGCCAUUUUGUGGACUAAAGUAUCACGGGUUCCUGGUGAAUUGAUGGGCUGCAUUGUCACGAUUAUGGAUUUAGCUUACAAAAUGGCUACCUUGCAGAGUGUGUGUGUAAUAGACAGCUGCAUCUUAAUCACUGUAGUAUCCCUUUCCAUAGGUCAGGGAGGGAAUAUAUUCAGCAGUCUUCCAGCAAUUACCCCUUUUACGGUGUUCUGGGUCGCAGAUAGCAUAGGCAAUUACAAUACAAUUUUACAUAGGCAGUUUUACCAUUUUUACGAUACCUAUGUACUUUUAUGUGAGGGGGGAAAAAACAUUAAUCCCAAAAAAUAUAGAUUACAUGCCGUGCCAUAACAAAUUCUAUAUUAUAAAGCAUAUUCUGUGCUUUAUACAGAAAAUAAAAACCCCUCUCCACAACGCCUUCUUGUUAUGUAUAUCCAGUGUAUGAUGUUAAAGUCGGCCUUAUUUUGCCUAUUUUUUUAAUAAAUUGUGCCUUUUAUCUGUGUGACGGUUCAUGCCCGAAAUCUGAAAUUAGUAGAAAUUAAUUUCACUAUUAAUUCAAUACAGGUGAAAAGUAGUAUUCACUCUUUGCGUGUUCACAUUACAGAGCAAAUUGGUUAAAUACUGUAUUCAAUAGCACAAUGCGAUCAUUGUAAACGCUGGGACAACCAAACCCCAGCGUCAGGGUAAAGUUUAUAUCUCAGGUGCUUCUCUCUACCACUAAAAGUUGUCUAGAGCUGUGUGCCUGUAACGUACAGUAGAGGCAGACAUUUUGUGGGAUUAUCCAGUGCUAAGAAGAUCGCAACCUACUGUAUAAAUGCCCUAGGAACAAUUUAAGGCACUGAGCUCUAUUGUGUUGAAUGUUGGCUAAGUUCUCAAAAUGGCCGCCAGUAAUGUGUGAAAGUAGCAGUCAGAAGCUAGCUGGUCAUUUUCUCUAGUUUAUGAAGUAUUUUUUUCUUGCUACAGACUUUUACAAGUACACAUAGAUCACUGAGGCCAAACAUGUCAUGUUUCAUUCCACAUAGUACAAGGUUUAAAUAUUUAUUGCCUUUUAACAUGGCAUAUACUGUAAUUGACCAUUUUUCACAAGUUGAAACCGGAUAGCCUGCUUUUCUCAAGUAUUUAUUUAAUUUUUUUUUUUUUCCAGAAAAGUAUUUGUAACACCAUGUUUUAGAUGGUUGGAGAAUGAUAUAGCAUUACAUUGCAUUUACAUUGUUUUCAGAUAUAAAUUAAAAACUUGUAUAGAUUGGUGUAUAGGCAUAUAUCUAGAAUUUGUUGCUAUGGUAGCUGGUUCUCAGGCUUCGGGCCUGCUGUGAGCAGUCUUUGUAAAUCUUAGUUACAAUGCCUAUUCCGCAUCAUGGGAGAGGUCAUUUAACGUGAGCUGUGUAGGUUGCAUUGCUUUACUUUCAGACUAGCGGCGGACGCUUUUUUAAAGGGGCAACCGCUUACAAGGCAAAACCAUGACUUGUAAAUGUUUGCCCCUUUAAAAAAACAUCCAAGAUCGGCCGGCAUACCGCACCUCCGGCGAUCUCGGACGCCAUUACAUCUCGCAUCAGAUCUUUGGCUGAAAUCCUUGAACUUUGUAGAACAUAAUUGUUAUAUACUAUUAUCUCCACGUAGUCUACAGAUUUCCAAUCUCAGCUCUCCUCCAUGCUCAUUUAAUUCCAUCAGACGUUUUAAAGGCUACAGAUAUCUAGUUAAUCAAAUAAUAAAACGUAUCUUGUAUGUGUGUGUGUGUAUAUAUGUAUAUUAGUAUGUAUUUGAAUCCUCCUUUUAUAUUGAAAUUUGCCUCCUUGUAGUCCUUUAAUUGGGUAUAAUUAGUAAUAUGUGGUCACACACAGGCUCAGUGAGAUGGUCACUGUGCAUCUUUAUGGCAGAUGACCGUAAUUCUGAAGUUGGUUGGGUGAGGUUCUGGGUUGUGGAGCAGAGCAUCUGGUUGUUGUAAUGUUGCAAUCACGGGUGGCUUUACUAACAUCACUUCCGAUUCCCGACGGGAAGGCCAAGUGAUGAUGUGUCUGAGCUCCAUUAUAGUGGCUAAAGAUGAGUGGGUAUAUACAACAGAAGAUGCAGACUUUAACUUGCAGUCUUUAGCUCUCCCUUUGUAUGGAAGACUGCACAUUUACUGGUUCUUUGCAAGAACAUAUUUGCUCACCUAGUAAAGCGAUGCGAGAUGCGGCCGGUACAAAGCGGUUUCUCACUACAGUACAAAACAAAUAAAUCUCUGAAAGUAGAUUUCUCCGCCUGCAAGACCUAAUCUAACCUGUUCCGGGUGUAGGUGUUUCUUGGUGUAAUGCUGCCGCUUACAAAGGUCUGCCAGUGGCUUAUACAGGUGCUUUAUUGCUAUGUUUGUGCCUAGCUAGAGGACUACUUUCCUGCGGUCAGUAAGGAGAUGGUUCCAGAUUUCCCUCUGAACUUUAUUCCUGUAUGCAAUAACAUGUUAUACAUAACAGAACUGUACGGGCAGAUCUGGGGCAGUGUCUCCGUUAUACAGCGCAAACGGCGUCAUCCAUUUAAAACCGAAGACACGUCAAAUACAGCCCCUGUAUCAUGUUGAUCUUCCAGGGGGAUGUAGUUGGCAUCCCUGCGCUGAACUUAUGUUCAGGAUGCUGACAGUCGAGAUACCGGUGCCGGAAUCCCAACACUGGUGAGACCAGCUCACAAUGCAGAUGCCGAAAUCCUUACUUUCUGCAUCCUGAACAUAAGUACGCAGGGGGUGGUUAGGGAUAGGCUGCAAGGGGAGGGGUUAGGGUUAGGCAGUAAGAGGGGACAGUUAGGGUUAGGCUGCGGGGGGCUGCAAACUGUUAGGGCUAGGCUGUAAGGAUGGGGGGCUGUUAGGGUUAGGCUGCAGGUAGGGAGGGUUAGAGAAGUAGGGGGAGAGGGUAAGUAUACUUACCCACUGGGUGUCGGGAUCUUGACCAUUGGCAUGCCGCUAUUGGUCAUGGCCGCUGGAUUUAAACGGGCAAAAAUAUAUUUAAUUCAAACGUAGGCAUGUUUUGUAUUUAAUAUUACUAUUGAAAAUGCAGCGGCUUUGAAGAGCACUGCUUAAUAAAUUUACCCAGCAGUUGUACAGCAGCCGUAUCCCGUGAAAAAAAAAAAAAGAAAAAAGGCAGCGCUUCUGGGAGUUUGUUUGUGUUCGGUUGUUUUUUCCAUCCAACCAACUAAUAUUGGGAUAAUUUGGUCAAACACGGCCAGAUGGCCUGAAUUUAUUGUGGCUAACUGAAGAGAUCUGUCUCACCUACCCAAGUCUGGUUCUCGGACCGGAAGAUCUACCCUGUUUAUGAGUAGAAUAAAAACCCAGACACCAACAUUGGCUAGUCAGAACAUUUACACCUAGAUGAAAGCUAAUCGGGAUGAUACAUUCUAGUAUUCUAGUGUUGGUUUUGGUACAUGAGAAGAUACUGGACAGGAAAUAAAUAAAGCUCCAAAACAUAUUGGACAAAUGCAGUAGAGAUGGUUUACGACAUACAUAGGUUACCUGACUGGAAAAUGCCUAACACUCACUCUGUUUGCCUGAGCGUGAAUUGACCAUACCAUAGUAUAACAAGUCCCAUUGCUAGAACAGUUUUUGAUGAUGGACAGCUGAGUAGGCCCUUCCCUAAUUCAGGACAAUCACAGCUGUGAAGGCCAACAUGGAGAAGGCUGUCUGACCUUUAAAUAUGUUCAGCCCAAUGAUCAGACGAAAGAUGCAAAUAUUUAUGUGUGUAAUUGUUUUUGAAUUUGAUUAGCAUUCAGUGAAAACAUUAGUGGGUUAAUUCAGUUGCGGGUGAUGCCCACAAUGUGCCGUUGCAAUGGCAUUGGAACGGCCACAACGGCACCCCAAAUCGCCCUAAUUUCAGCCAGAAAUGGCAUAUUUUUGUUAGCAAAAAAUGCACAAUUUCGGGGGUACUGUAAGUGCAACAUAUGCGCACAAUAGAUUGCAGGCAUUACCCACAAUUGAAUGACCUCUAAGUAUGAAAUUGUAGGAACACAUGGAGUUCAAUGAAUACUCUAGUGGCUGAGGAAGUUUAAAUUGCAAGCUUUUAGGAUUACUCUGGCCUAUUCGUCAGGCGUUAAAGCUUACAAUUUAAUUCCAGUUAGUUAACCACUAAGGUGUACCCAUUGAGAUCCACUUUCUCCUGCAGCAAGCCACGGCUAGCACGGUACAGAACGUCUGAGUGACUUGGAAAACAUUAAUUAUAAUGUAAUAGACGCGCAGCAAAAUGUUUGGAAUAAUGUAUAUUUACUUCUCCCCCGGUUUCCCGAUUUAGUGAAAAGUAUUACCAGUGCAGAAACUGCGCAUUCUAGAACAACCCCCCCGUAGCUUUAUUAUUGUGUUGUCGGUGUUAAUGGAGAAAGUGAUCCGUGUCUGUCGCCUGUUUCAACUUCUCAACGUUUAAUAUUUCUAAAGUUUGAAUUGUAAAUAUAUUUUGUUUCCUGUAAUAUAUGUAUAUUUUGCAUUCGAGGACCAGGAGAAUUUUGGAUGUGUUCUGUAAGAGAAUAAAGCACUUUAAUUGCUGUUAAAUAGCUGCAAAUUUAUAUUCUGUAUAAUAAAUAUCUUGAAAUCGGAUGAAUGUUGAUAUUGAUGAAAACUUUGUUUGGCUAUCACGAUUAAUAAAAUUUCCAAAGCUGGUCAGUUA